GGACAUUAUUUAAGGCGGUUGCGAGGCCGUCAGGCAGCUGCGAGCUCCGGCCGUUGCGGUGCCAACACUCCGAACCCGAACAGACCAACCCCCCCCAACACACACACCCCCCAAAAACGAGCCCCCCCCGUGCCGCCCCCUCCCCGCAGCCCCUCGCCAUGGUCGACGCCUUCGUGGGCACCUGGAAGCUGGUGGAUACGGCCAAUUUCGAUGAGUACAUGAAGGCGCUGGGCGUGGGCUUUGCCACGCGGCAGAUGGCCGGGCUCACCAAGCCCACCACCAUCAUCGAGCUAGACGGGGACAAGGUGACGGUGAAAACGCAAAGCACCUUCAAAAACACGGAGAUCAGCUUCAAACUGAACGAGGAGUUUGAUGAGACCACGGCAGACGACAGACACGUCAAGUCUCUGGUGAAGCUGGAUGGAGGGAAGCUCAUCCACGUGCAGAAGUGGGAUGGGAAGGAGACGUCGCUGGUCAGGGAGCUGAAGGAUGGGAAAUUAGUCCUGACUCUCACCAUGGGCAACGUGGUCUCCACUCGCACCUACGAGAAGGCGACAUAGACACUGUGCCCAGCUCCUCUGCCCCUGCCCUGGUGCCACAUCAUCCCCCCUCCCACCACCUCCAUCCCCUCCCCACGCCAGCAUGAGGGCUCAGAGCCCCCUGGGGUCACCUGAGGCCCCUGUCCCCACGCUGGGGCUGCUGGGGUUGGGCCUUUGGGCUGCUCUGGGGGAGGGGUGGGUUGGGUUUUUUAAUUACUGAUGGGAAAACACACAUGGAAAAUGAAUAAAGGUCCUGUUGUUACA